CCGUAUCAAAACCCGGAAGUAGUCUGAAGGUCUUUGGUAAUGGCUGGGCUUUAGGUAACAUUUCGCCGUCCGAGUCCGUCGUCAGUGUGAAAAUGGGUGUUAAAAUAGAGGUGUUCAGAAUGAUGCUGUAUCUGUCUUUUCCUGUGGCCAUGUUUUGGGUCUCAAACCAAGCAGAGUACUUUGAAGAGUAUAUAGUAAAGAGAAAGAGGGAAAUCUUCCCCCCUGGCGAGGAAGUACAGAGGAAAGAGUUGGAAAGCUUUAAAGAACGAAUGCGAGUUCGUAAGGAGCAGCGAAUAUUAAAAAGUAUUUCUGGGGAACCUGAGAACUGAGCAUGAUGAUGCUAAAGAAAUGCAAGAUCCCUUGUUGUCACCGAUGCAGGAUCAUCUUAAUGGGAUUUUUGGACAUAAGACAACUGGUUGGACUGGAGUGAGACUGUCACUUUGGAAAUCACUGCAAAGCUCACGUAUCCCAACGGUGUGUUGGACAUUUUCCAAAUAAGGAAUUAUACCUAAUAUGCCUCCUGUUGUUUCAUUUUGAUGUGUCUUUUUCACACAUGACUGAUCAAAUCCUAGAGUGAUUUUAUUUAAGUUGCUGUGAUUACACUGUCAUUAAAUGAUUAUUUGAGUUGUACAUCUACUAAGAUCUAAUGUACUUAUUUAUUUUGUGAAGUGCAGUGCCUAUAAGUCUGUUCACCUUGUUAGAUUUGUUUUUUAUGUUGAGUGUUUUGCAGCAUUGAAUCACAGAUAAUGUAAUUGUAUUUUUUUGACACGGAUCAACACAAAGAUAUUGAGGUGUGAAACAAAUUUUUAUACACUCAUUAAAAUGAAGUAAACACA